AUGUCUGCUGAUCAGCCUGAGCCCUCGCGGCUGCACCCGCGCCGUCGUCCGGUCUUAAACAAUACUCUGCCCGCCCUGUCGACCGACUCGCCUGCUUCUAAGAUGCACUUGAAGAAGGGCGAGACUUUCAACACUCCCACUUCCGCUCCCUCCAGUGACUCGGAUCCUGUUCUGAACAUUCGCUCCCUGCCUGCUCGCUCUCCAACUUCGUUGGAAGCCAUCGCUGCCGCUGAAGAGCGCAUGACAUCGAUCCUGGGCCGUUUGACCCUUGACCCCACCGACGACAACAACGUCGAUGAAAAGAAAGACCAGUCAAUGUCUGACUCGCCGGCUCUCCCAAAUGCAGAGGCUCGCGGCAUGCCCAUCCCACUGGAUGAAAAGAAGACCAGACAAGCGCAUAGCCACGAGUCGGAUAGUGGACUCGGAACCUCGAUUAGCAGCGAAGAGGGGCUGUUUGAAUCUUCUACAAAAGUCAAUGACGGCGCCCACAACAAGCAAUCUGCCAUUACAAGCUCGAUUUCAGCAUUUGACAGUGGUUCCUCCCCUAAACGUCAACUUGGCCCUGCUGCCUGCAAGCAGAUUGAACGAUACGUGCUCGUUCCUAUUCUCAAGGAGCCUCGCUUGAAGCCUUUCCAUUCUUUGGUUCGUAGCGUCCCGCAACGUAUCAUCAAUAAGCAGAUUGUCUGCUUGCGUGAUCUCGAGAAAACCCUAUUGUGGUUGGCACCGGUAACUUCGCAUCUUAACGACCGCGACCAACGACUACCAGCCGAUCGACCCUAUACUAACGGAUACUUCCUUGACCUUGUUUCACAGGUCCGACGCUACGCAGCUAUGGUUCGCGAUCAGCGUCAGCGGGUCGAAGCGACCCAAGGCUCCAAGUCCGACAAGGAGACCGCCCCUACUCUAUCCGCCAACCUUUCCCUUGAAGGCGGUCUUUCUAAGAAUGGAAAAGCUGCUGAGCUUAUUGUCAUGCAAGAUGGCAAGCCCAUCUCCUUGGCCACCGGCAAGCCCUACGAGGUCGAUGCCUCCGCUCCUGUCAAGCGCACUAUCACGAUAGAUGGUGCCACUGACGAGGGCGUUGAGCGCUCUAUGGCCCGUAGAAAGAAGGAUGCACCCCCAAUGAACAUCAACCAAAAAUGCUCCGACUGCGACAAAGUCUUCAAGCGCCCUUGCGACUUGACCAAGCACGAAAAGACGCACACUCGCCCCUGGAAGUGCGAAGACCCCAAGUGCAGCUACCACACCAAAGGUUGGCCCACUGAAAAGGAACGUGACCGCCACAUGAACGACAGACAUUCAGACAAGCCCACUCUUUUCCGAUGCACCUUCCACAAUUGCCCUUAUGCAUCCAAGCGUUCCAGCAACUGCAAGCAGCACAUGGAGAAGUCGCACGGGUGGGUUUAUGUUCGCUCCAAGAACAAUGGCCGUGCCAGCAGUAGCAGCAAGCGCAGCUCUUCCGCUCAGGCAACCCCUAUGACUCCCAGUGUGUCAACUCCCGCUUCCAAGGCCACUGACUUUGCGUCUCCGAUUCCCGGGCCCAGCCCUUCGCCCAGUGAUCAGACUUACGGCUGGCCCGAGAACCCUCCUUUCAACUUUGCGGAACCCCCCAUGCCCGCCCAAGGCGACGACUUCCCCUUGUUUGGCGAGGCAUCGCCCUACUUGAUGAACGACAUCAAUUCGUUCCCCAACACAAUGAAUCUCAGUGCGUUCCAGAAUCAAUUCGAGUCUGGCGACCCGAAUGGUCUGAUCCCGGCUUUGGAGGUGCAUCGCCAGUCUAUGAACUCGAUGUCUGUUCCCUCCACUGACUCGGUUCCUGACCUGAUGGGCCCUGUCUCGUUCGAUGGAUCUCCUCUCACUGGUACCGAAAGUAUCAACUUCGAUCAAGAAUGGAGCAAUCUUGAGUACCCUAUGAAUGAAGACUACACUGCGAUGCCAUUCCAGCUUCCUCAGGGCCACAACCUUGACGCAAUGAAGGGAUAUAGCAACGACUACGACCAAAUGAAUGUCAACCAUCUAUCAUACGGUCCCGCAGGCACAAUCUCUGGUCUCUCGCCCGGCGCGCAGGGAAAUGCCAUGUUGUACUCGCCCGACUCUUCCAACGUCGGCGACACUCUUUCUGAGCGCUAUGAGUACGCUCAGUCUCAGGUUAGCAGCGACUUCAACCAGGCUGGCAACGACUUCACUCUAUACAACCAGAAUGCGCAGAUGGGUCACAGUGCGCAUCCCAUGAUGCCGACCUCCAGCGACCAAUCCGCUCGUUACCGUCAGCUUCAACAAAACAUGUUCCCUUCUCUGGAACAGGAGCGAGCUUUUCAGGGCAUGCCCUACGGCCAACCUCAGGGCCACUAUCUGCCUCGCGACAUGAAGCUGGAAUUUAUGGAGUAA